UUGAUUCGUUUCAGUUGGUGUGCACAGCUCGUUCGGCAGGUCAAAGCGUAGCUGACGGCUCUUCAGUGGAAUCUUCCAAGUAACUGAGGGCGGGAGGGAGUGAAUUGUUUAAUUUUGCCUGCAUUUGUGAGCUUGAGGUUUUGCCUCCUCCACUUGCUGACGGAAUAAGAAGUAAAUUCGGAGGGGGCGGUUGGUUCCUUCAUGCUUGUGUGUGAACUGAGGGGAAGGAAUCCCUCCCAGUCUGAUGUUGCAAGUUGCGAGAUCAUGCCAUCUGCGAACCACAUAACGAUGCCGGAUACAUCUAGGACCACUUGGUUGGUUCCGUGAUUGUGGGACUCUCACCCGGAAGCCAGAAUUUCGCAGUGCACCGUUACAAAGACGUGUAGUCUAGUCCGUUGGGACGCUUCUCUGUCUAUCUGCUUUCUCACGUACACUGAUCCGCGAGAUAAUUUUCACAAGUUUUCGAGCUAUCUGUAUCGAUUUCCCAGCCAAGAAUGAUUUCCAAGUUGAAAAUUCAGUUUCUCAGUUGAAUUGAGAGAACUAUUAUUCGCUGUGAAAUUAGCAGUUUGAGUACUUUUGCCUCCUUUAGAGCUAGUGAUUAGUAACCAGCUGCAUCAAAGAGGGGUUGCAAAUUUUGUUUUUGGUUCUGUAUAAGAUCUGGGGUAUAGGAGUCUGAGUUCUUGACGAGAUUUUUGUCCAUGCGCAAUAGGCAUAGCUCUUCAUCACCACUGUUCGCUGAUUCAACCCCCUUCCCACAUUGCAGCGAAGUAAAUUGAAGCUUUGUCUCCAGCACACGGUGAAAGGUGUUGAGCAUGGAUCUGUCAGCACUACACAGUAUAUACAAUCCUCCAGGUAUUUCAAGCCGAGAGACGGUGGUGUCAAGAAUCUGGAGCCGAGGGGUGACUAGUUAUCUAAUACGUAAAAACGAAGGCUCGAGGUUGAUGACUAGAGCUUAUCUUCCCCACAGCCACGCUACCGAAGAUCAUCACGCCGUCCUGGGAGUCUCCCGGUUUGCUACAAAGCAAGAGAUUAAAACCAGUUACCGUCGUCUUGCACGGGAGCUACACCCCGAUGUGUGCAAGAGCGAGCACUGCUCCACGCGGUUUCAGAAAGUCAAGAGAGCUUAUGAGGCAUUGAUUCAAGAGUCAACUUCACAUUUCGGAAACUUUGAGAAUGACGCGUCGGACAAUCUGGAGGACUUCAAGGGAGUGGAAGAUAGCAACUGGGACGAGUGGGAAGAGUGGAUGGGUUGGGAGGGCGCUGGCACUUACGACUACUCGAACCACAUCAACCCAAACAUGUAGACCGAAAGAAUUCUCCGCUUUGUCGAACAAAAACGUUGACACAGAAAUUUGUUCAACUUUUGGAACGCCACUGUAAACUAACGCCCAGUGGCCACUUCACGCUGACGAAAGAAUUGCAACAAGCAGAAUAGGGAUACGUCCUCCUCUCUCUCAGAGAAUCAACAUUCGAUCGACGUCGCUAAGCAAGCUCCACAUCUCCAUGACCUCUCUCUAACCAAGGCUGGUCUCAGUGCACCCCAAGUGCCCAUAGCCGAUGAGUGGCAGUGUAUCUCUUUGUACAUGCAGUGAUUAAUGAAAUUGUUUUGUGAUUGACUCACGAGGUGAGCAUCUGAGUGGGUUGUUGCGCAACCUGGAAACCAGGUCGAUCAGAUCCAAAGAGAACCAACUGUGGAAAAGCAGUCUUCUCUAGUCCUGCGAGCCAUGGUUCCAUCACUCAUUGGCUUCAAAAGGCUUGUAAACUGACUCCAAAUCGCUCAGCUCCUUGUAACUCUUCACCAUGUUCUCUUCAUUGCACAGCUGCAGCGGCGUUGAGCCACAAUCCACCUGCAAAUCUUCAGCAAAACUUUAAACUUCA